AAUAGAUAAUCUAACAGACCUCAAUGCGACAUCUCUGAUAUUAUAUUGGUAGCUGCAUUCUCAGAAGUCAUGCAAUGAUAUCACAGUCACAAAAUAAAUACAAACCCAUGGAAGUAGUAAGUAGUAUUACUUCGAUGCUCAAACCUAAUAUCACUCCAAUAAUCAAAUUUUUAAGCACCAGACCCCCUGUAGGUAGAAAUAUGUUGUACCUACCCACAAUAGCUGGAGAAUAUUUCACUUUGAUUCGGAAUGGUAUCACGUAAUUUCAUCUCCCUCAGCAGCCGCGCUUUCUUAUAAAUAAACCAACAUAUAGGCACCCAUAAAUAACGCUUUCCGAGAUUUUCGUACGUGUACACGGGUUGUAUAAUUUAAUUCUUGUUUGUUUUAAAGCCUGUUGAAUUGGUGCUGGCUUUGAAUGAGUGUGCGUGUUAGUGAGAUUGCUAUGGUGUUUUGUUUAGGAGAAUCAGGUCGAUGUAUUGAAUGUGGUUAUGUUAUGCGAUGAUGGAAGUCUGACUUAUAUUAUACGUAAAAGUUUUUACAUGUACCUAUUUGGAUAAAAUUAUUGAAAUGAAUUUAUUAAAUCUUGUCUCAUUUAUUAAUACGUAUUUUUUUGACAAUUUGUAAAUUAUAAAAUUGACUUUUUGGUAAGAAAUAAUUUGAUAAAUCAUAACAUAGUACUUAAUUAGAUAAUAAAUCCGUUAUCAAGUAUUAGUAGACUUAUACCUACUCAUAAGUAGUUAAGAGUCCUAUUACAAAUCAAAUUAAGGGCCUAAUAAAACGAAUCUUUUAUUCCUUAUGAAGUAAUAAUUGUUCAGGUACAAAUUUUGUUUAGUAAUAUUAUUGUAGAUGGGAGAUAUUCACAUAAAAAGUUAUUUUCGAAGAUUUUUGGUUUUUAAUAAAAAAAAAUAUAUUUUUAUAUGUAGGUAUUUAAUCAAUGACAUUUCAUUUAUUAAAGCUAUCGUGCAUUUUAUGAAGAUUUUUCUCUGGUAUUUUGAGUAGGUAUAAUUAACUUUAUUCUUCAUUUUAAGCAUUAUUUACAAAAAAUGUAGCAGCUACGAACUAUACAAAUAGAUUUUCUAUAUUACUGAAUAAAGCAUUUAAUAAUUUAUUUUUAAUUCCAAGAUCAAGUACGCCAAAGUUGACCAUUUUACGCAACAAAUAUAAUCGAAACGCAAUAACGUGUCUCUCAGCACCUAUAUAACUAUACUUAUCUAUACUAAUUAUUAUAAAGCAAAAAGAAAGAUUUGUUUGUUUGUUUGCAUUAGAAAUACUCCGAAACUACUGGACCGAUUAAAAAAAAAUACAGCUACAUCAUACGCGAGUGACAUAGACUACGAUAUAAUUUAUGAGGGUGAAGUCACGGAAAAUCAGCUAGUUUAUAAUAAUAUACUUAUUUAUAUCACUAUCAUUAUAUAUCGUUAAAUUGUCGAUAAAUUUAUAGUCGACCAUUCUAAUUAUGUUCUUAUCUAUCUUUCGGAGAUCGGACUCUACCUUUGUAAAUGGUCCCACAUAUAUGAUAAUUUAUCUUUUUCUAACUAUCUUUUUAAUUAUAAAGAAAAUAGUAAUUAAGAAAAAAAUUAUCUGUUUAAGAAUUUUUCUUAAAGUUCUUAAAACAGUAAUAACCUCUUAAUCUUUGCAACAUAGUUAUUAUGUCGAUACCUAAAUCUAAAUAGACACAUACGUAUAAUGACAUAUUAGAAAUGAAUUAAUAUAAUAAACUUUUGAUCGUAUAAUCUAACUGUAACCAAACUAUAAAUCGACUUAUUUUGCCAAAUAAUAGCCGACUAACGACUUCCUAUACUGCUACUACUGAAUUACUUUCUCGACUAGUCGGAAAAUAUUUAAAUAUUUUUAUAUUGUGUAAUUCUUUUAACACACAUUGAAACAACAUACUGAGCUAGCUAACGACUGUGCCAUGGAGUUCAAAAUUUUUGAAUGAAGUUAUUUCGACAUGAAAUAAACAAAUGUAUGAUAGUAAAAAUAUUGUUAGUUAUUGAAGAUUAUCAAUUAAUUACAAUACUAACUUACAAUGGACUUUGGUAGUGUUAAAUCAAUACAAGUUUAGCUAAACCUAAACUCAAUAUUUUUAUCAAAUAAACCGCUCCACGAUAACUGUUGACAACAACACUUUGAUAAGUUUUCAAUAGAUAAAUAUUCAAUUCGUUGUGGUGUGUCCACAGGAGUACACUGCUGAUCUGCAAUCCAAUUAGGUGUGAAUAAAAAAUCAAAUAGAAAUGAAGUUUCAAAAUAAAGUGGUUCUAAUAACUGGUGCAAGUUCUGGCAUAGGAGCGGCGGCAGCUAAACUUUUCACUCAAGAAGGUGCGUCAGUAGUGAUAGUUGGAAGGAAUCAGGAAAAAUUGGCCAAAGUUGAAACCGAAUGCGCAGCGCUAGGCAACAGGCCAUUGGUGAUACGCGCUGACGUUGUCAAUGAUGAAGAAGCCAAAAAGAUCAUCAAAACUACCAUCGACAAAUACGGCAAACUAGAUGUACUCGUCAACAACGCCGGAAUCGCCAGAUACGGAUUUGUUGUUGACGGAUCAGUAAUGAAAAGUUUCGAUGAGGUCAUGAACGUUAAUCUCCGAGCUGCUGUUCACAUAACAAGCUUAGCUUCACCCCAUCUUGUUAAAACAAAAGGUAAUGUCGUCAACAUUUCAAGUGUUCUAGGUUCCUGUGUUAAAGGCAAAGCACACGUCGCAUAUUGUGUAUCGAAAGCUGCUUUAGAUCAAUUUACUAGGGCUGCAGCUGUUGAAUUAGCCGCUCACGGUGUAAGAGUUAACUGCAUUAGUCCAGGACCAGUGAAUACUGAUAUUCAAUUGAAUUCUGGUCUCGAAACUAAUUGGGAACGCGCGAUAGCAGCCACUGCUUUAAACAGGAUGUCAGAGCCUGAAGAAGUGGCGGAAUUGAUUGUGUUUGUAGCAAGCGACUCCGCUAAAGGUAUAACUGGAUCGAAUUAUGUGACAGACAAUGGACUCAUGUUGACGUAAAUAAGAUUUAUGUUAAUAAAAUAUUUUGUUGACAAUACGUAGACUUAUUAUUGAUAGUUUUGUGAAUGAGAUAAUGCCAACUAAGAAGAGUUUACUAUUUUCAAAAGCCCAAGUAGUUAAAAUCUAUUAGAAUAAUUUAAACGUUCGAAUUGUUUUCUAAUCUUCGAUCAAUUGUUAAUAGAAUUUUCUAUUGGUCAGUUGAUGUCAGGAAUGUAGUUUGGUUUUAAUUGGUACUCGUAUUUUUGAAAAGUUAUUACUUACUUCUUAUACAUAUAAACUGAAUCUGUGUCAAUUUAUAUAUAUCUUUCGAAAAUAAAAGCAACCUUUUAGUUUGAUGGUGGAUUUAAAUAAAUGUUAAGCAUUUUAUUAAUUACGUUUAUUAAACAAAUGUGAAGUCAAU